AUGGCCACGAUGCGCCGCCAGCCCUCUCGCAUGACCCUAUCCCCUAACGUGGCAAAGACUUCGUUGAAGAAGCCCCGUUCGGGCCGGGGAGCGGGUCCUUUUGCUACAAUGAACCAGAAGGAAGCACGGAUUCGAGAUGACCCGCGCUCGAGGUCCCAAGCAGCCCUCAAGCGAUCUGGGGAAGAAGGCAAAGGCAACAAGAAGGACAGCCCGUUGUACAAAGCAUUAAAGAUGCAGACGACUCUGUCGCCGGUUCCAUACGCUCGCCGAUCUGCCACCAAAGCCAAAUUAGCCAACGUCACGAGCUUCGACCAUUUUCCUCUCCUGCCUGCGGUUCGGCACUCGAUUUUCUCCCAAGCCCUCCCCGGCCUGACGGACGUAACUCCAACCCCGAUCCAACGACUCGCGAUCCCUCGAUUGCUCAAGGAUAGCGAUGGCAAAAAGGAUACUGUGAAGACGACCAGCGACGACGGCCCCCAAUACGAUCAGUACCUCCUCGCGGCCGAAACGGGCUCAGGAAAGACUCUAGCCUACCUGCUGCCGGUUGUGGAUGCUAUUAAACGUGCCGAAAGGGUAGAGAAGGAAGAGCAGGAAAUCAUUGAGACACAAAAGGCGAAAGAGCGGGAGGAAAAGAUGAAGAACCGGACAUUCGAAUUGGAGCCCGAGGAGCCGCCCAUGACCGAUGCCGGUCGCCCCAGGGCCAUCAUUCUUGUGCCCACCUCGGAAUUGGUAUCGCAGGUCGGAGCCAAAGUGAAGGCCCUUGCACACGGCGUGAAGUACCGUUCCGGAAUGAUUGCCUCGACUCUCACGCCACGCCGCAUUAAGAACACGCUCUUCCACCCAGACGGCAUCGACAUUCUCGUCUCUACUCCCCACCUCCUCGCGUCCAUCGCGAAAACGAACCCAUACGUCCUCAGCCGUGUCAGUCACCUCGUACUCGAUGAAGCGGAUUCCUUGAUGGACCGCUCAUUCCUACCCACAACGAUGGAGGUCGUCGACAAAGUGGCGCCUUCGCUCAAGAAGUUGAUCUUCUGCUCCGCUACUAUCCCUCGCAGUCUCGACAAUCAGCUUCGCAAGAGAUACCCCGAGGUGAAGCGUCUGACAACUCCCAACUUGCACGCAAUUCCUCGUCGUGUGCAGCUUGGUGUUGUAGAUAUUGAGAAGGAACCUUAUCGGGGCAACCGGAAUCUUGCCUGUGCCGACGUGGUAUGGUCGAUUGGCAAGGCGGGUGAAUCUAGUGAUGGGGAAGAUUACGGUCCUUUGGCGAAGUACAUGGGCCCGAAGGUCAAGAAAAUUCUCGUCUUUGUCAACGAGCGAGAGGAGGCAGAUGAGGUUGCUCAGUUCCUGAGCUCCAAGGGCAUCGACGCCGUCUCGCUGUCCCGCGAUUCCAGCUCCCGCAAGCAAGAAGAAAUCCUUGCGGAAUUCACCGAGGUUGACCUUCCCCCGACCUCGGAUGAGAUCGUGCUGGCCCGAAAGCAGCAUCGCGCCGAGAAGUCUAUUCCCUUUGAGCUUCCCGACAAAAAGGCGGAGGUUGUUCGCCGCCUGCCCAACACCAAGGUUCUCGUCACCACCGACAUCGCCUCCCGUGGCAUUGAUACCCUGGCGGUGAAGACUGUCGUGCUUUAUCAUGUCCCCCACACAACAGUUGACUUCAUCCACCGCCUGGGUCGUCUCGGCCGCAUGGGCAAGCGCGGCCGUGGUGUUGUCCUGGUGGGUAAGAAAGAUCGCAAGGAUGUUGUUCGCGAGGUUCGCGAGGGCAUGUUCCGCGGCCAGGCCCUGAUUUAG